AUGGAGGUCGCUUGUACCUCCAUGAUCCAUGCGGCGGCUCCCCAUUUUCUGUGGCCGUUUGCGGUCCGAUACGCUGCGCACCAGCUCAACCUCUGGCCCCGUGUCUCCUUGCCGGAGACCUCGCCCACACUACGUUGGACGGGGGAGGUUGGCGAUGCAUCGCGCUUCCGGGUCUGGGGUUCUCGUGCCUUUGUCCGCGAUACCACCGCGGACAAGCUCUCCUCUCGCGCCAUUCCUUGCGUCUUCCUUGGUUUUCCCCCUGACGCACCUGGCUGGCAGUUUUACCACCCCACGUCGCGUCGGGUGUUUGCCUCUCAGGACGUCACGUUUGACGAGUCGGUUCCCUUCUACCGCCUCUUUCCCUACCGCACUGCCCCUCUCCCCCCGCCGCCCCUCUUCCUCGCUCCAGACCCGCCUCCCUUGCCUGAGCCUGUCGAGGUCACUGGUGACUCAGGUGCCGCUGAGGGUGGUGCUGCUCGGGGUGCUGCGUCUGGGGGUGUUGUGCCGGGGGGUGUUGAGCCUGCGAGUGAGGAGCCUGAGCGUGCGGGGCCUGGGGGUGUUGUGCCUGGGGGUGCUGAGCCUGGGGGUGCUACGCCAGAGCGGGAGGAGCCUAGGAGUGCUGAGCCUACGGGUGCUGCUUCUGGGGGUGCUGAGCCUGGUGGUGCUACCUGCGCGAGUGGUACACUCAGCGCUACUGCCUUCCGCGUGGAGCUGCUGGAGCUGGAGGCCGUGGAGCUACUGGUACCGGAGGAGCUGGCACUGCUGGUCCCGGAGGUGCUCGUCCUGGAGGUACUGGAGCUGCCGGAGCUGGUGGUGCUGCUGGUGCUGGAGGUGCUGGUGGUGCUGGCACUGCUGGUCCCGGAGGUGCUCGUCCUGGAGGUACUGGAGCUGCCGGAGCUGGUGGUGCUGCUAGAGCUGGAGGUGCUGGUGGUGCUGGUACUGAUAGUCCCGGAGGUGCUCGUCCUGGAGGUACUGGAGCUGCCGGAGCUGGUGGUGUUGCUGGUGCUAGAGGUUCUGGUGGUGCUGGCACUGCUGGUCCCGGAGGUGCUCGUCCUGGAGGUACUGGAGCUGCCGGAGCUGGUGGUGCUGCUGGUGCUGGUGGUGCUGGCACUGCUAGUUUCGGAGGUGCUCGUCCUGGAGGCACUGGAGCUGGAGACUCUGGAGCUGGUGCUGCCGGCUCUAGAGUUGGAGACCCCGGAGCUGGAGGUGCCGGUUCUGGGGGUGCUGCUACUGGAGGCAGUGGAGCUGGAGGCCCUGGCGCUGGUGCUGUGGACCCUGGGGCUGGAGGUGCCGGUUCUGGGGGUGCUGCUGCUGGUGACGCUGGAGCUGGAGGUGCUGACGUUGGAGGCGCUGGGGCUGGAGGUUCUGGAGUUGCAGGAGUCGGACGGUGGAGCUGCUGCUGGUACUGGUGCUGGUGGUACUGCACCGCCGCGACUGUUCUUCGCUCCACCGUCGCCGUCGUCUCUGAUACCACCUACCUCCGUACUUCGCCAGGUUCUUAGCCUCCCGUCUUCUACUGGCCUCCCGUUACAGCCCGGCUCACCACUGCCUGCUCCUUCUCCUUACACUGAGCACACUGACUCGCUUACAGAGCGUCGUGAGCCUGCAUCUCGUCCUGCCUCCCCUGUUCGCACCGUUCGCCGUGCUCGUCGAGUUUCACGUCUGCGUCCCCCUCUUGUGCCAGGUACUCACACUAUGGCACUUCGUCCUUCCUCUGCUCCACAGCGCGUUCCUUUGCUGUCUCCUCCUUCGUCCUCUCUUCCUACUGUGCCGGACCCUGAGUCUGACCUAGUUCGUGCUGCUCACCCUACUGUCACGCGUCUGUUAGCCACUGUUGUCACUGACCCUUCGUUUGAGUCCGCUGCUGCGUCUGCUUUGGUCGCUGAGCUUGUUGACUUUGCUGCUGCUUGUCGUCUCGACUACGCUGCUAGUCUUGUUGCUGAGUCUGAGUCUGUCUGUCCUCCGUCCGUCGGGGGUGAGUGUGCUCUUGGCACAGACGUCCUUGAGGACAGACAGGAGGACUUUGAGUGUCUUGCAGCCGCUGCACCUCAUCUCGUGGCCAUGCUGCUUGCUCCUGAGGGAGACCCGGAUGCACUGGACAUACCGACCACGCGCUCUUACGCAGAGGCAAUUUCGGGCACUUACGUCGACGAGGUUCCCCCUCCUAGGGCGAACAUCGUCGAUGACAUAUGUAUUUUCAGGGUGAAGCGACCGCCGGGUUCUCCGCCUGUCUUCAAGGCUCGUUACGUUGCACGAGGCUUCAGUCAGCGACAGGGAGUUGACUUCUUCCAGACCUUCUCCCCUACCCCGAAGAUGACCACUCUUUGGGUGCUGCUGCACGUUGCCGCUCAGCGUGACUACGAGCUUCACUCUUUUGACUUCAGCACAGCGUUCUUACAGGGCAGUCUGCACGAGGAGAUCUGGCUGCGCCGCCCACCUGGCUUCACUGGGUCGUUUCCUCCUGGUACCCAGUGGAGCCUCAGGCAGCCAGUCUAUGGUCUCCGUCAGGCGCUUCGUGAGUGGCACGACACACUGAGGACGACACUGGCGGCUCUUGGGUUUGCUCCUUCCACUGCUGACCCGUCGCUAUUUCUACGCACCGACACCUCGCUGUCGCCGUUCUACAUCCUCGUGUACGUUGACGACUUGGUCUUUGCCACUGCUGACACUGAGGCACUCGCCCUUGUGAAUUCGGAGCUGCAGAAGCGAGACACGUGCACGGACCUGGGUGAAAUGCGUAGUUACCUUGGCUUGCAGAUCAUCCGGGACAGAGCACGCCGUACCAUCAUACUGACUCGGUCACACAUGGUGCAGCAGGUCCUUCAGCGUUUCGGCUUCACUUGGUCCUCGCCACAGUCCACUCCUAUGGCUACGGGUCACUCGCUCUCAGCUCUGCCUUCGGAUGAGUUCGUAGAGCCGAGUGGCCCGUAUCCAGAGCUUGUGGGCUGCCUCAUGUACCUGAUGACCUGCACUCGACCUGACCUUGCGUACCCUCUUAGCAUCCUGGCUCGCUACUUUGCGUCCGGGAGACACCGGCGAGAGCACUGGGAGGCUGCUAAGAGGGUGUUACGCUACUUGUGCAGUACAUCGGGCAUGGGGCUCGUGCUUGGAGGACGGGGUGACGUUGUCCUCACUGGACACUCCGACGCUUCUUGGGUCGACGACCUGGCUACGCAGCGGUCGUCGCAGGGGUACACGUUCAGCCUUGGCUCCGGCUCUGUUUCUUGGCGGUCUACACGCUCGUCUUCUGUUCUCAGCUCCAGUUGUGAGGCUGAGAUCUACGCCAUAGCCAUGGCUGCUCAGGAGUUACGCUGGCUCACCUACCUGUUGACCGACUUGGGAGAGAGGCCUCGUUCUCCUCCAAUCCUGUACGUAGACAACAAUGCUGCUAUUUACCUUGUGUGA